AUGUUGGGAGAGAAAAUUCUCUCUCAAUCCAUUAGAAAAAUAGCUCAAGAAACAGAAUCAACAUUUUAUUCUGAUGAUGGGGGUGUUUAUGUUGGAGAAGAAAAUAAAAAGAAAAAAUUAGAACUUCCAUUAUUAAUUACCCCAUCAUCUACAGCUUAUUAUGCAACAGCAACAAUUCCUUCAAUAAUUUCAAAUCAAUCAGAUAUAACAUAUUUACAUACUGGGACAUUAAAAGAAAAAGAUUUACAUUCAAAAAGAAGAAGGGAUUCAUCUAGACCAAGUAUCCUUUCAAUGAGAAAUGAUUCAAAAGAAAGACAGCAAUUAUUAGCUUCAGCAGUAAAUGAAGCAUUUGCUAAUACAAGGAGUGCAGAUGGAAGGAGAAAGGAAUUUUUAAUACCAAAUGAAGAUAAUGAACAAUUAAAAAUUGAACAAGAAAAUGAAGAAAAGGGGAAAAAAGAAAGGGGGAAAAGUACUGAAUUUUGGGUUUAA